CAUGAAGGGCACAUUUGCGAAUUCGCAGGUGGCUAAUGGCGGCACUCAGCGCCUCUCCGUGGUCUGUAACAACAACGACAUCAAGGUUCCUGGCAGAAUCAGCGUGGAAAUAGAUCCGAUCCCGGCGCGCGGAAGGCGGCGAUCGACAGUGAUCAGCGUCGCGAAACCCACUGAAGUGCGGCCGAGCACGACUAUCAAUGUGCGCCGACUUAUGCUCGCCGACGUGGUUAGGAGAGGAACAGCGUCAAACGUGAACGCCGACCGGGACUUCUCGGGCAAACUAUGUUCACCGUCGCCCGAGCACCGUCCUUCCAUCGCAUCCCGACGAAGUAGUACGUUUGCCAGCAGCGUCGGCGAAGCGUCGCCAAGCGAGGUGUCUUCCAUCGCUCCGACGGUUUCGCCAAGGAACGCAGCAAUGGAGAGAAGGGGAACCAUGAUGAGUGUCGCUGGAUCCAUGUUUGCCGCCAAACGGCUGUCGUUGAACCAGGGGGAUGCGUUCUCGCGAAGAGGAACGGUGAUAAGCGUGACCUGUCCGUCUGGACUUGGAAACCUGCAGGAGACGACUGUCGAGGUGACCGAAGUCGAAGCACCAUCCUCCGCCCUGAGCAGCCUCAAGGAAGUGCUGUGCGCACCGCGGAUGUAUUUCCACACCUUGAGCUUCUUCACGUACAUCUUCUUCAUGGACUCGUACCUCUCAGUCAUGUUCGAUCUCGGCGAGGACAUUGGCGUCCCGGUCAGCGAGUCAGUCCUCGCCCUGACGCUCCUGUCAGCUAUGGAUACCGUCGGCCGGUUUUUCGUACCAUUCCUGAGCGACUACGGAGUCGCGUCGACGGCGUCGUUGAUUACUGCGUGCUAUCUCUCGCUUUCCGUCAUUUCGGCACUUGUACCGUUGGUCGCGGGAAAGCUUGUCUUUUUGGCCGUGUCUGCGAUUCUGGGACUACCCGGAGGCUACAUCCUUGUUGGCACAUCCGAACGCAUCUCUACAGAGCUGGGGACAGAUAACCUCCCGAUGGCCUACGGAGUGCUGGUACUCGUCACUGCCACGGGAAGCUUUGUUCGGCCACCUGCAGUAGGUGCCUUCCGCGACACGAUCGGCUCGUACGACGGGCUCUUUCAACUGAUGGCAGGAAUGCUUGCCCUCGCGCUGCUCUUCAACAUCGGGCUCUGGAUCGACGGUCGGCCAUCUUCGAAAAAAAGCAGAACGACGGCACCUGCGCAGGACAGUGGUGCGCACGUCUCCACCGACGAACCCUUGCCCACUCUUGCGGAAGAGGCCGAGAGCACGUCGCUGUAGGGGCGCGCAACUGUGAGCACGGGACUAUUUUGCGUAGAGGAAGUGGCAGUGGGGGAUCAAGAAUCGCUGCGUUGCGCCCUCGUGCGCGUUGUUCAGAGCCUCAUAUGAUGGGAACCAUAUCUCGUAUGGCCCCGCAGAUGUUGCCCCGUAACCCCAGACACUAGUGAAUAAGUGUUUGUAAGAUUACUCGUGCCGUUUUGUGAUGGCCGAUAAUCCGAUGUGCGACUCCUGUAGGUCUGUAUACCUAUAUGCCUGUACAGCACACCUGCAGUGAACCUGUACGACGUCCGACGUCUCACUCGGCAGAAACUUUUGAGCCAGUUUGACUCGAUAAUCACUUUGGCAGUGUAAAAUACUGGGGCCCUGGUCGCAUUCGUGCUAGGGCACUAGCACUGGUGCAUUUUUAAGAAAAUCUGCCUGAUUGACGAUUGUUUAUUCAUCUUCUGCUGCACAGUGGCUCUCUCAACGCUUUCGCUUUUAUAUUACCACUUUUCCUCACUCCAGUAGAGUAGAAAACCGGAUGCUCUUCUGGUUGACGUUUCUGUCUGUUAUCCUACCUUCCUUUCACUCUCUUUCUCUCUGUCUGUCUCAAAAGAGGCAUCCUGGUGCACGAUAUUGUGUAGAAGCGAACAGCAUGCUACCAUAACCAAGACGGCAACCUUCCAGAGAGCAGCUAUAUGGUCUCUGAAGUGAAGUAGGUCUGGAGACCCCCUUAAUCGUUUCUAACCGAACCUGAGCUACUGAGCAAAUGAUGAUGUUAUAGCAUUUAUGCUUUGGGAGGACAGUGCUACACGUCGCACUUGGUACUAAGUAGUCAAAGCUGAAUAAAUAUGCUGUCAUUACGUUGUCAGCGACAGUCAAUUUUAAGUCACGCUCGAUUUGCUCGUCAAAGCAGUGGUGUUUACAAGAGCUUGUGUCUAAAAAAAAAAAAAAUAGUGAUUCCCGCCAGUGCAACAUUUACUAGUACAAAGCCAAGCAGUUUAUUUACGCGUCGGGUUUUUACAAUAGGUCAUUGCCUAUUUUCACAAGCUCCGCAACAGCCCUGGCAGAACUUGACAAAAUAUUUAUUUCACCAUUCAAAUGCCGUACCUAGAGCUCAUAAGUUUGUGAACACUAUACGUUCGCAAAGAGAGUGUUUUAGUCCGAUACGUUUACUAUCGGAAUGCACCGACGAACGCGCACCGCAUCUCAGCUGCGCGACAGCACACGUCCGAUGUCUUCGUAUCUGCGGUGGAAGUCCGAAUAGCGACGGAUGAAAAAACCAAACAAAGCUACUUGCUUGAGUAGUAAACGUUCGUAACGAUUGUGGAAAGCGGGAUUUCUUAGUUUUUUUCUACUUUGUACUCGUUGUCCGCCUCAUCGAAUAAUUUAGUUUACGGGUCACAAUUGCGUUAUCUUCCAAACGCAUUUUUUUUUUUAAUUUGGUGCAUCUAAAAAGAAAACACCGUAUAUACGACAUAGCCCAAGAAUCUGGUAAAAGGGAAUAAGAAAGGAAUGUCAAAUACCGCUGCUCUUUCUCUGUCACUUCGGAAAAUUAACUGAUACAAACCCGCAGAGACCGGCUCUGACCUUGCAGGUAAUUACCAUCAACGUAUGAGACAUUUACGUCAUCGGAGCAGCGGCAGCCUGUCGGGAGAUGGUAAACGAUUGAUUUUUCUUUUUUUUUUCAGCGACGAUGGCGCUUAAUAAACGCUGACGUCAUUCCCGAAAUGAACGAUGAAUCCAUCAGUUCUUUCGCAUUUGGUGCUCUGACGAAGCAUACCAAAAAACAAGGGACUUUGCUGAAUGACGUCGCAAGAUGGACGCCGAGUAAAAAAAUGCAAAUGAGCGACGUUCCUUUCUUCAACUAAUCGAGGUAGAUGUCACGCCGCUACCGCAUUUUAACAAUCUCAGAGGCGGCUGAAGAGAAGCAAACAUCACGAUAGAUUUGAGGCUGAAAAUCCCAGAGCCCAUCAAGUCUCGUGGAGUCUCGAUAAGAGCAACGUAGUGAGCAUCAGUGCUGCUGACAUUUUGCGAGUGCCAUGCAACAGCAUGUCGUAAGGCUAGAAAUACGAAUGGUCGGCGAAAAAGGAAAAUGUUGCAGAAAAAGAAUGGCGCUUUUUCUCUUGAGCUGCCAAAAAAAAGUGGCCAGAUUUCCCAGCUUCAAAAAAAAUAAA